GUGUUCCCAAAGUGGAGUCCGGACUUGCAUUCUGUUUGCUGGGGGGAGUGGGAGAGCCGAGAGCAUCUCUGCACCGUGAGGACCGAGGAGCGGCUCACCCUCCUCCACGACGGGGUGGGAGGGCACGGGGGAGUCGCUAGGACACGUUCCCAAGUCGGUUGGGACCCCUCCACGCCAGUCCUCCGCCCGCCCUCGCGUGCGCCCCUGGCCGGGGGCCGAGGCACCCACCCCGGGGACCGCACCCGGAUCACUGACGGCUAAGAGCAGGGCGGUGCUCGCGCCAGCCUCGCCCCGCUCCGCUCGGCGCCACCGGUUCCGGAACCAACGUGCGCGCCCGGGGAAGGCAGUGUGGGGACGAGGAGCGGGGACGGACCCGCGCCGGAAGUGAGGUGCUCAAAGCCCGCGGCCGCCGCGAUGGCGCACAUCACCAUCAACCAGUACCUGCAGCAGGUAUAUGAAGCCAUUGAUACCAGAGAUGGAGCGUCCUGUGCAGAGCUGGUGUCUUUCAAGCACCCUCAUGUUGCAAACCCACGGCUCCAGAUGGCCUCUCCAGAAGAGAAAUGUCAGCAAGUUCUGGAGCCCCCUUAUGAUGAAAUGUUUGCGGCUCAUUUAAGGUGUACCUAUGCUGUGGGGAAUCACGACUUCAUAGAGGCCUACAAGUGCCAGACGGUGAUUGUCCAAUCGUUCCUGCGGGCAUUCCAGGCUCACAAAGAAGAAAACUGGGCUCUGCCCGUCAUGUAUGCAGUAGCACUUGACCUUCGGAUAUUUGCCAAUAAUGCAGAUCAGCAGCUGGUGAAGAAAGGGAAGAGUAAAGUUGGAGACAUGCUGGAGAAAGCCGCCGAGCUGCUGAUGAGCUGCUUCCGCGUCUGUGCCAGUGACACUCGCGCUGGCAUAGAGGACUCUAAGAAGUGGGGGAUGCUGUUCCUGGUGAACCAGCUGUUCAAAAUCUACUUCAAGAUCAACAAACUCCAUCUGUGUAAGCCCCUUAUCAGAGCCAUUGACAGCUCCAAUCUGAAAGAUGACUACAGCACUGCACAGAGGGUCACCUACAAGUACUACGUCGGCCGCAAGGCCAUGUUCGACAGCGACUUCAAGCAAGCUGAGGACUACCUGUCCUUCGCCUUUGCGCACUGCCACCGCUCCAGCCAGAAGAACAAGAGGAUGAUUCUCAUCUACCUGCUGCCAGUGAAGAUGCUGCUGGGUCACAUGCCGACCAUUGAGCUCCUGAGGAAAUACCACCUCAUGCAGUUUUCGGAAGUGACCAAAGCUGUCAGUGAGGGCAAUCUGCUGCUGCUCAAUGAGGCGCUGGCCAAGCACGAGACUUUCUUCAUCCGCUGUGGCAUCUUCCUCAUCCUGGAGAAGCUGAAGAUCAUCACUUACAGGAACCUCUUCAAGAAAGUGUAUUUGUUACUCAAAACUCAUCAGCUGUCUCUAGAUGCCUUUCUGGUAGCCUUGAAAUUCAUGCAUGUGGAAGACGUGGACAUAGAUGAAGUCCAGUGCAUUCUGGCCAACUUGAUAUACAUGGGUCACAUCAAAGGCUACAUCUCCCAUCAGCAUCAGAAACUGGUUGUCAGCAAGCAGAACCCUUUCCCUCCACUGUCCACGGUGUGCUGACGUUCAGGGCUGCGGAUGGGGUACGGUGUCCACUGUAGCCCAAGCCUUUGGUGCUUCCCCAGGACCACUGCGGUGGUCACCAUUGUGAGUGUCUACCCAGGCUCUCCAUGGUCCUAACUCAGGCCAGCUUUGCCAAGACCUGGAAUCCUUUUCUCGAUGGACGAACACCCCUGCCGCCGGCUGCUGCUUGAGAACUACCAGGAAGCAGGCAGCUGGGCUUCGGUUUAUUUGUUGUUUAUGGAAGCUGUCUUUGUAAUAUUUUGUAGCUUUAUCUUUUUUUUUUUUUAAGUAAUCCAAAUUUAUACAAAAUACAUUGUUUAUUGUAUGUUACAUGAUAUGUCUAUUUUCAUAUGCAGAAUCUGAGCAAUUUGUCAGCUCAAAGCACUUGGUUAACUUGACCUUUCUUUUUAACAAGGGGAAUUUGGGGCCUGGAGGGAUGGUUCAGCGGUUAAGAACAAUUACUACCCUAUCAGAGGACCUGGGUUUGGUUCCCAGCACCCGCAUGGCAGCUCACAACCAUCUAGAACUCCAGUUCUAGGGGAUCCAAUGCCCUCGUCUGGCCUCUGUGGGCUCCUUCCUGUACAUGUGUGCACGUAAAUUCACCCGGGCACACAGACACAUAAGUAAAUACAUCUUUUUUUAAAAAAGCA